AGUUUCCCCUUCCCAAGCACAGUUUAAACUAUCAGUGAUGCUAAAAUGUGCGAAGGAAGGGGAACUUUUCGACCACGAUGAGCCUCAUGUCUUAUUUUCAUGUCUUCAUUCUUCAGUGAGUCUCAGAACUGAUUGGUCUCGUCUUGGUUUUGAAUAACAAUUGGAACAAGUAAUUGUUUUUUUUGUUUUCGCUCAAGAAUCGUCAGUGGUGUUUUAUUUAUUAGUGAUUCUAAACAAGAAAUGGCGUUCCUCUAUGGCCCACCGAUAGGACUUAACUUUGAAGUUAUAGAACGUAUGAAAUUGGAGCACAUAAUGAACAAUGUACCACAGUUGUCGAAAAAUGUCGCCGUUACAUUGCAAAGAAAAGAACUGUGGAAAGAAUUCAAUAGUAACACUACCGAGAUGGUGAUUACGAAGCAAGGAAGGCGAAUGUACCCAGGGGUCGAAAUCUGCGUGGUAGGACUGGAGCCAAUGGCGUAUUACUGUAUAAUGUUAGAAAUAGAACCAGCGUCGAAUAACCGCUAUAAGUAUGUGACCAACGAAUCGCAAAAUGGCUCUGGUUCUAAAGUCAAGACCGGGCGAUGGAUUACUUCCGGAAAUGGUGAACUCCAACCACCAAUAGAUCGACGAAUUGUUGUGCAUCCCGACAGCCCGGCUACAGGUGAUCAUUGGAUGCGGGAGGCCGUUAGUUUUUCUAAGAUCAAAAUAACAAACAACACAGAUGAUCGGCAAAAUAAUAUCCUCCUCUGCUCGAUGCACAAAUACCACGUAAAGAUUUGGAUCAUCCAGUCGCCGCAUACCAGUCCAAUGGCUCUUUUCACGCAUCCUUCUUCAAAAUUCAUCUUUAACGAGACGGAAUUCAUAGCAGUUACGGCUUAUCAAAAUACAACGAUAAAAAUAAUAAAGAUCGAUAACAACCCAUUCGCAAAAGGAUUCCGACAAAACGGUAAGAGGAAGAGUGGGGAAAUCGCGCAUGUGAACCGCGAGGACGAGGGUUCCGAUGACGAGGAAAUAAAGCGCGCGACAAAAGACGACAGUGGGAUCAGUAGCAAUGGAGCCAGUCCACCUCCAGUGAUGCAAGAAGAAGAGAACCAAGUAAAAUUACAUAGACCAUGGCUCGAUUCUUCUUCGCCCUCUACACCUAAUUUACCUCCGCAUUUACCUCCGCAAUUACCUCCGGUACCCCAGAUGCCGUCGACAUCAACUGGGGUCCUUCCUCCGAAUCCAUUCAUUCCGACAUAUGAAAAUGGUUAUACCGCGACAGUGCUGGUUCCCCCACCCGUACCAGCAUUUCCGCAUAAUUACCCCGCCGGGUAUCUAGGUACCUUUCCUUGGUACAGAUAAAUUGGCUUUUGUAUAUCCUUCCGAUAAUAAGAUUUUUCUCCCCUCCGGAAGAAAAGCGUCAACUUUUGUUUUACUGACGAAACCAAGUUACCGCUUUUCGCAUUCGUCGAAAGGAACAAUAGUAUUGGCACCUUGGGCAUUACAUAAGAAAGCUGCAGAUCACAUGUAAAAUCUACUAUUGUCGAAAUACACGUGAAGGCAAACUAUCCGUAACGUGAUUGUUUGAGAGCGAAAAAGUAUAUGUAAGACACUAAAAUCCUUAAAUAAAAAAAGCAUGAAAUGUAUGAAGCCUCUUUUCCGAUUACUUGAUUAAUCGAAAGCAAAAAAAUAUAUACAAACGACACGAAAAUAUACAUUAAAAUAAAUAUAUGAAAAACGACACAAGUGCGCUUACGCGCGAAAUAUGUACGCUAGUUUACAUUAAUACAAAUGUAUGAAAAACGACACGCGCGAAACGUACACCCUAUAUAGCUUAACAAAACGCUAGUGAAUUUAAGCUUUGCAAGUCAAAGACUUAAGACGUACUAAAUCCAAAAGCGAAUAAAAUGCUAGUGAAUUUAAGCUUUGCUGGCCGAAGAUAUACUAGAUCCAAAACCGAAUAAAAUGCUAGUGAAUUUAAGCUUUGCUGGCCGAAGAUAUACUAGAUCCAAAACCGAAUAAAAUGCUAGUGAAUUUAAGCUUCGCUGGCCGAAGAUAUACUAGAUCCAAAACCGAAUAAAAUGCUAGUGAAUUCAAGCUUUGCUGGCCGAAGAUAUACUAGAUCCAAAACCGAAUAAAAUGCCAGUGAAUUUAAGCCUUGCUGGCCGAAGAUAUACUAGAUCCAAACCCCUGUGAAAAAGGUCUUAUAAAAUCUCAUAAAAAAAAUUAGCUAUGAAAAAACGAUCAGUAUUUGUCCACGAAAAAUCUCAAAAAUUCUGAUACAAUUAUUUUCUCAUACAUGGUGCAUCAAAAAAAAUUUUUUCUUAAAAUUCUCAUAUAAAUUAUCAGAAUCUAUAAGAAACAGAAGUUGUUCAGAAGAAUUUCGAAGAAAUACAUGUUAAAUAUUUUCUCAUAAAAUAUGACAAAUAUUUUAUGAUAUUCAAUAAGAUAUUAUCUCCUAGGAUAACUCUUACUAAAACUUAUAAAUUCUGAAAAUUUCGUAUAAAAAAAUAAUCUUAUCGAGAUUUUGUAAGUAUUAUAACAUCGGAAUUCGCCUGAUCAAUUCUUAUUGAAAAUACAUUAGAAUAAACUGUAACAAUCUUAUAGAAGUGAAAGUACUUAUUCAAUCUCAUAAUCGUUGGCGGAAUUCGAGUCGCAAAAUCUCAUAAAUUAAAAAAUCUUACUCAUUUUUUUAAAAAUCUAGUACGGAAAUCAUGAUAGGAAAACAUCAAAAGCUUUGACUCAUAGAUUCAUCGAAGAAGUCGGAACGGAAAGUGCGAUAGGGGGCUACUUAUAACGAGCAUUGACCAUAUUUAUAUAUAUAUGUAAAUAUCUAUUUAUAAGAUACCAAAGUUUUAAAAAAUUAGUUAAAGACUGUACAUAAAAAAUUAUAGUUAUUUUGUUAAUAUUUUAUAUAUUUAGUAUAAUAGUACGAAUUUGAAAAAAAAAAUUAAAAAAACAUG